AUGGAGAAAAAUCUUAAGCUGAAGAACAAAAUCUUGAAGAUAUUACCAAAAACAGUCUCAGCUAUCACUUUAACAUUCCAAAACCAUCCAUUCAGUCCUAGUAAGGAUCACAAAUCCAAACCUCGCGGUGGCGUCAAGGGCUUUUCAGGUCCAAUCGUAACCGUAAAGCCUAAAAAUGUUGGAAAUGAUUAUGAAGAACCAACCUCACCAAAAAUAUCAUGCAUGGGACAAAUCAAACACAAGAAGAACAAGAACAAAAAAGCCAAAGACAUAGAGGUGAAGAAACGUGUGACCACUUUUCAAAAAAUGUUGUUUCAUGUCGGGAAAACAAAACCAGAUGAGAGAAGAAAAUCAGAUGCAUGUGUGGCUCUUGAGGAAAGAACAAGAACAACACAUAAUGUGAGUCAAAUGAAACGGUUUGCAAGUGGACGUGGAACUUUUGAUAAUUUUGAUUGGAAGGCUCAUGUAGGAGAAGAAGAAAUAAAUAAUUAUUAUUCAGAUGAAGAGAGAAUAGAGAGUGAUGAUGAAGAUGAAGAGUUUAUGAUUCCAUUUUCUGCACCUAUUUUGGUUGGUGGUGGUGGUGGUGGUGAUCAUGGACUUGAUUUGAAGCCAAGAAAAGAAAUUAAUCUAUGGAAGAGAAGGACCAUGGCUCCACCUAGACCUCUUCAAUUGGAUCCAGUAAAUUAG